CUUUGCGCAGAAACGUGUAUUUGUUUGAUUGUCACGAUUCGUGAAAACACACAACCCAAACGGAUCUGAGCUUAUUAAUAUUUUUUUUUUUAAAAAGAUAUUAAAAAUCAGGAAAGCCGAAAAAUGGAAAUUGAGACCGGUGAAGGACAGGUGCAAAUUCAUUUAGUCACCAAACAAGAGCAAUAUGCAGUGCCAGAUAUUCCAUAUUCGAUUGGUGCUAACGUCACACAAGAGGAACUCAACACAUUUGUGAAUGCUUUGUUGCAAGAAAGUGGCGAUGCCAAGCGUUCAAAACCCAUCGAUUUCGAAUUCAUCGUUUUGAAUGAAUUUUUGCGAUCACGCCUGAAUUUUCACUUGAAAGAACGAUCCAUAUCAUUCGAAGAUGUCAUUGAAAUUGAAUAUAUCGAACGUUUCCCAGUGCCAGAGCCACAAAAUUGUUUGCUUCACGACGACUGGGUGUCAGCGGUUGAAACUUAUGGCAAAUGGAUUUUGACCGGAUGUUAUGACAAUACAGUAAAUGUUUGGCUUGUAAAUGGUAAACAUUUGCUAACCAUACCGGGUCACUCGGCGCCAAUAAAAGCAGUGACAUGGAUUUCGGUGAGUGAUAAGGUGGGAGUGUUUGCAUCAGCCUCACAGGAUCAAACAGUUAUGAUUUGGGAAUGGAAUAUUGAAACCAAUGCCGUCGACUGUAUCUACGUGUGCAAAGGUCAUGAACGUGGUGUUGACUCAAUUGCGACCAGUCCAUCGGCUAAAUUGUUAGCAUCUGGCAGCUGGGAUACAAUGUUAAAAAUUUGGUCAUGCGAAUUACACAACGAAGGCGAUGAAGAAGUGGCUAGCAAAAGACUAAAGGGUGAACAAACACGCACACCAAUCUCAACAUUGUCGGGUCAUCGUGAAGCAAUUUCGGGCAUUCAAUGGAUCACGGAAGAUUCGGUUUUGACCGGUUCAUGGGAUCACACGCUGCGUGUGUGGGACUUGGCACAAGGCGGAAUUAAGUCAGAAAUCAAUGGCAAUAAACCCAUUUUCGAUGUGAGCCACUCUAAACUCAAUGGGCUAGUUAUCACUUGUUCGGCCGACAAAAGUGUUCGUUUGUACGAUUUGAGAAGUAAUUCUGGAACAAUCGUGAAAAACACAUACUCUGGCCACACACAGUGGGUGCAAUCAGUGUUUUGGUCCACCACCGAAGAGCAUUUGUUCAUUUCUGGAUCAUACGAUAAUUGCGUAAAACUCUGGGAUAUGCGAAGUUCAAAGGCCCCAUUAUUCGAUUUACUUGGGCAUGAAGAUAAAGUACACGAUUGCGAUUGGUCGAAUCCAAAAUACAUGGUAUCGGGUGGUGCGGAUAAUUCCGUGCGCAUUUUUAAAUCGAAGAAAUCCAUUUAAAUAUUUUGUAUUAAAAUAGACAGUUCGUUACAAAAACAAACUUUUUUUCUUAAAUAAAAACCCCAUGAAAAUCCUC